AAAAUAAUCACAAGAACACAAAACAAGGCUACCAAAGCCUCUGAAGAUGAAGAAAAUGGACUCCAAUCCAUGCUUCUUCCUCUUCCUUCUUCUCCUUCCUUCAAUACUCUUCACGGCGGUCGCCGCCACCGCUGCAACGGUGCCCGCUUCUUCUCCAACUUCCCCUUCAGCUUGUCCUCCAGUGGAGGCUGAGUAUUGCCCAGUGGAGUUUGAAUUUAUGAACUACAGCAUCAUCACAAGCAAGUGCAAAGGGCCUGAAUACCCAGCCAAUCUGUGCUGCUCAGCUCUGGAAGAAUUUGGUUGCCCCUACGCCAAUUAUAUCAAUGAUUUAACCAAUAACUGUGCCUCAAUCAUGUUCACUUACAUUCAUCUCUAUGGAAACUACCCAUCUGGCCUCUUUGCCUCCCUCUGCGUCAAAGAAUCCAGUGGUCUUCAAUGCUCUAAACCUAACUAA